CGGAGGUCUAACUUAAAGUAAGUGAUAAUUUCUUUGAGUUGACAAAGUGAAAUAAAUUUUGUGGAAACACAUUGAUCUGUAGUGAACCCGCAUGCCUACCUUCACGUCAUCUGUAUCGCACUUUUCAUUAUAAAAACUAAGUUCACAAACCGCAUAUUGCAAAAAAGUUAAAUCCCAAGUAAAUGAAUGAAUGUUGUGUGUGCGCAUUUACAGUGCUUGAGUACUGUGCUUGCCAGGGGCGUUUUUGAAAUUUAGACUUCCUAAAACUUCUUUUUAACACUUUUCUGGACGUUUUAAAAGUGUGAAUUCAACAUUUGUUUUACACAGCUUCUAGUGCGGCAAAAGUUCUCUCGUGUCCGUACCACAUCUCAAAAUAUGCGGUUCUCGUCAAAGUUACCAGUACGGUGUACAGGCUUAAAUCAAGUCUUGCUUAUCUGACAAAAACUACAAAAAAUGGAAUGGGAUUUCACUAUGUAACUUUGACUGCAGGAUUCAUAAGUGAACAAAUUUAAUGUGAAGCUGUUGUUGUUAUUCCUGUCUCCUUAAAGAGGUGCAUACAAGAUGUAUUUGUGUAACCCCACACACAAUUGUAAUACCUCUUCCCCCCCCCUCCCCCAAGAAAUUCAUGUUUCUUAAGUUUACAUGUGGCCGAAGAGAGGAGUUGUCGCAGAACAUGAUUCCAUAAGACAACAGUGAAUGAAAAUAUGCAAAAUGUGCUUUACAAAAGAUGAUGCACGCUGAUGGCGAUAGUCCAAGACCUCUUGAAUGCUCUGCAGCUCACAUAGAAAAAGUAUUGUACCAGCAAAUGAAGUCCCUCUUAAAUCAAGCAAAUGAAAUUGCUAAAAUGAGAGGAGCAAAAUCAAUUGAAGCAAUUGAUUUUCUUUUCUUAAUGCGAAAGAAUAGAGUGAAAGUACGUCGAUUACUUGAUUAUUUUGCUGUGAAGGAUGCUAGAAGCAUAUUUAAUGCAGAAGCUCUCAAAGCUGACCAACCUAUUCAGAAAUCAUGCACUCUACAAAAGUGUUUAAAAGUAUUGAGAAAGAUUGAUAUUACUGGAGAACUGACAGACAGAAGGAUUAAAUUGUUUGAUGAAGUCAAAAACAGGAGACGACUUCGUGCUGAACUUGUGUCUCGGUUAUUAAAUGAGAAGAGAUACUUAGAAUAUGCAGCUGCUCGUACAGUGUCCUUCACAUUUGCACCAAAGAAGAGUGGUUUUAGGCUUAAUAUGUGGCUUCUUUCAAAGGGUGAAAAACUUCCAAGAUUGCCAAAGGAAAAGUCACUUGGGUGUCAAAUACUCUGUUAUUUGGCUCGAGAAACUGUGUCACAAAUAAUGGACCUUACCUUUCUAGCCAGAGAAGAUAUGACAAUUACACGUGAUCCAGUUAACAAAAAUUAUCCAGCACUGUUUGGACCAAAUCUGCCUCAAUUUCCUAUGGAAGGAGUAGAGAAGAUUUAUGGCAUAACACCAGUAAUUCCGUCAGAGAUUGAAGCGGCUUUAGCACGUUAUUGGUCUCCGUGUUUCUAUCCAUUCAGUACAUUUUCACGAAAUGUGGGACCCCAGGUCCAUAAGAGACUUCUAGCAUGCUGAUGGAGAAAAAAAAAAUCAUACAGUUGAUACUCCAUCUUUUUCAGAUAUUGUCUUUAGGUUUCACGUGACUUACUGACACGUUGACUGACUUUGUACUGAUUAGUACUUUAAACAAUUUGAAAAUGAUAUGUAAGUUGUACAGUGUAAUUAGGUAAUUUAUUUUAUUUCUGCUGUUUUUGUAAGUAAUUGCAUUAUAAAUGCUUCGAUAGAAAAAGGUAAACUGAAGAACAGUGAUUUCAAACGUUAUAA